AUGGAGAAGCACAACGUGCACGACUUCGAGGAGCCCGGCGAGAAUCUGAAGCACAAGAUCGAAGAGGAAGAUGAUUCGGAGAAGCUUCUGUGCGGGUUCGGAGCGUGCACUCCUUCGUGGCUUCAGGGAUUCCACAAUGCAAAGUUCCUGCUGUUGGUCCUCGGAAUCUGUGCUUUCAUACAGGUAUGGCUGCGAUACAGAUGAAACGGGUUCAAUGAACAAUUCGCAGAGUUUCGUAGUCAACGCUAUCUUCCCUGUUGGUUUAUCAACGCUGGAAAGGAGAUUUAAGAUGACGAGGUGAGAAGGAAAAAGAGAGAAGACAACACAAACUGCCCAUCUUCUUUUAGUACGCACACCGGAAUCAUCUCCAGUUGGUACGACUUCGCAGUCCUUCUCGUCGUCUUUCCAGUCUGUCACUGGGGAAAUAACGGGCACAAGGGGAGAUGGAUCGGCUGGGGAGGCGUCGUUAUGGCCCUCGGCUCUCUGAUCUGUGCUCUUCCGCAUUGGAUGGUGGAUAUUUAUCAUCCGGAUGCCGACACGCUUUCCAAUCAGACCGACUUUGGACAGUGCACGAACAGAGACGACCCAGAGUGCACCGGAAAGCCCUACUCUUCCUACUUCAAUCCUUACUUUUGGAUGUUCAUUCUGGGUACGUCUACAGCCACCUGGCAUCUCUAUUCUUGUUGCUUUCAGGUCAAACACUUCAUGGCGUUGGUUCCACUCCUCUCUUCUCCAUCGGAACCACUUACAUGGACGAGAACGUCUCCCAGAAGGCUUCUCCGGUCUAUCUGGCCAUUCACGCUGUUCUCACCUCUUUCGGUCCGGUCAUCGGAGUGUUCGCCGGAGGAUUCCUUCUCAAUCUCUAUGACGAUUUCGACAGAGUCGACAGGUAGAAAAUUCUUGUCUCUUUUUCCAAUAACCUUCUUCCAUUUCCCCAGAAUCCCAAUGGAGCGGUCGGAUCCCAGGUGGGUGGGUGCCUGGUGGGUAGGAUUCCUCAUUUCCUCCAUAUCCGCUCUUCUCAUCGCAUUCCCGAUUCUCGCGUUCGCCCGGGAACUGCCAGAAGCCAAGAGACACAGAGCAAAGGAUGUGAACCAAUGCCACGCGGCAAACGGGGACGUCAACGAGAAGGCGCCACGAGAUCUGACCAAACUUCCCGCCUGCGUCAUUGUCAGUGAUCCUUUCUAUCCCGUUUUCUGAUGCGUUUCAACUUCAGAAGAUCCUCCGUAAUCCCACCUUCCUCGUCUGCAUUUGCGUUGGAAUCUUCGAGUCGAUCAUCAUCAACGGAUUCGCCGCAUUCAUGCCCAAGAUUCUGGAGACUCUUCUGUCCACGAAUCCGACUCUCGCCUCCUACCUUUCAUGUAAUCCUUCCCCCCCGUACUUCCGAUAUCCAAAGGUUCUCUGUUCCAGCCGUCGUUAUCUUCGCGGCCGCCACUGGAGUGAUGGUGGGGGGCACUAUAAUCCGUCAACUGAAGCUGCAGGUAGUGUGUCACGUUUAAUGAUAAGCCAACCACAAAGAACGGGCAGGCCUUCUGUUUAUUUGUGAUUCGCGAAUCGCCACGCGUCGGUCACAUGGCUUCGCCUUCUUGAUCCCCAAAACCAUCAUUUAAUUGUCUCUUCCAAAUCCAAUCAUUCCAUUAGUGAAGAGAGAGAGAGAGAAAAGAACAAAAAACUUGUUAACUGGACCGGCAAAAAGAGUCUGUAGCGAUCCAAAGGUCAUGUGAGACAUCAGUGGUAAUUGAAGUGUUUCAGGUGGGCGGGAUGCUCAAGAUGAUCAUCGUCUGCCACGUCGUCGCUCUCCUCUUCACCACCGGACUUCUCAGCCAUUGUCCACAGCGCGAAUUUGUCGGAAUCAAUCUGGGAUACGAUGAUUUGUAAGGAGAAUGAACGGGAAUGGGAAGGACUGAAAUGACUGUUCAGGAGCAUCGACAAAGGGCACGACUUCAGCAUUUCUUCGCAGUGCAACACAAAUUGUGACUGUAAAAUGGAGUGGAAUCCGGUUUGCGAUCGGAACAACGGACACAUGUACUACUCGGCUUGCCAUGCGGGGUGCACCGCCAUGACGAAAAAUCAGGUAACUGGCGGGUAAACAAGUGAUGUCUGACGGUAAUCAAUUUGCAGGGAUCAACCGAAUGGUCGGGGUGCGGCUGCCUCACUUCCAACUCGACGUUCCACAAUCUGAUCCACGGAGCGAAGGCCCAUUCGGAGGUGCUUCAUCAGGGGUACUGCCAUCAGGAUUGCGGAUCGAGAGAGUACAUUCUCAUGGUCACUCUCUUCGUCACCGUCGUCGCCAGCUUCGCGUCCGGCAUUCCGACUCAACAGAUCAUGCUCCGCGUCGUUCCGUUCGACCAACGAACCCUCGCUCUCGGCAUCAACUGGACGUUCGUUCGUCUCCUCGGAUUCAUCCCCGGCGGAAUCCUCUUCGGAGUCAUCAUCGAUACGGCGUGUCUCGAGUGGGGAGAGAGCUGCGGAAAACCCACCUCCUGCCUGAUUUACGAUCCAUUCAAGCUCAGUUGGACCAUUACCGGACUCGGUAUGACGCGUGCAGUCUGAAACGUUUUCCUCAAACUUCACUCAUUUAGCAAUCGUGUGCAAGCUGCUCUCAAUUCUCGCCACAAUCAUUGGAUACAUGACGUACCGCCCGUCCGAUCUCGACAAUGCCGGUGAGUUUUUGCGAUAACCUGUUUGAGAAAAGCUGAAGCCGUGGUAAAAGGGAAUACUGUAGGGAAAGGUGCGUGGCGUCGAAAUUUACGGAAGCCGGCGGCGAACUCGGGGACUGGCGAGCCGCUUCUGAGGCCAGUUUAGAGGGUAAGAGAGUGCUUCCGCUAACUCUCGCCCCCUGUCCUCCGACUAAUUCGUGUGCGGGAUCAGAUUGGAAAUGAAUUUGUUUGCAGGCUCGAUCCAGACAGUCGACAGUCACUGCCACACGGCCCUCCAUCUCGUUGUAAACGACGAUCGCCUUCCGGAGCAGGCCAUCAUCCACGCGAGUUACGGUCACAUUUGA